AUGCACGUACAUGAAAGAAAUUCCAGAGGCAGCGUUCGAAAGGUUGCUCUCGUUCCGUCCGCGGAAAGGACAUUUUUUAGAACUCCGGUACAUCGUGAAUCCAGCUGUCCGAAUUUCAAUGAAACAUUUUCGUUUAAUUUUCAUUCGGAAGAUUUAAACAAACACAUAUUGGUUUCCGUUUGGCAUAGGGAUCGCGAUAACAGAAAGAGUGAAUUUUUGGGAUGUGUAUCUUUGGCAGUCAAAAAUGCAAUUAAGAAAGAAAUAUCAGGGUGGUUUCGUCUCGUCGCUCAAAGCGGCGGUUCAAAGUCAUCAUCAAAUCAACAACGACCGAUUCAGUCCAAUUGUGGACUUUCAACGACCGGAUCCCCUUCCAUGAUGGCUCACAGAUCCGGAAAUCAAAAAUUUGAUGAAUUAAUUCCAUUUGACGACGAACCACGUUCUUCACCCCCCGAUAAACACAAUAAUAAAUAUUCAAUAAAAAAAAAAUUAAACGAUGACAGUAGUUUUCUACGACAUUUGGAAUUGGAACCUAUCGACGGAGAAGGAGGAAGAGUUCCUCUACCGGAAGCCAUUGCAAAAGGUGGAAGAACUCCUUUCACUACAACAAAGCAGCUGACCAAACAACCAGGUGGUGGCUUCGGAUUUUCGAUAGCAUGGGUGCAACCUCCGAGGGUAGAAAGAGUAGAAGCCGGUCAACCGGCAGACAGAGCGGGAAUUCGUCCUGGUGAUUUUGUUAUAUUUGUUGAUCGUUUUAAUGUGGUUACUAUGUCCGAAGAAGAAAUAUUAGAUAUUAUCAAAUCUUGCGGUAACGAAUUAACGCUCGAAAUAUAUAGAAAAUCAAACGCGAACGGUUGUUUAGUCGAACCUCCAAUUGCCUUACCUUCAACUAUGCAAACAUCGGUUGAAUAUAACAAUUCAUCGAGAUGGUCAGGAACAUGUUACGCUCCUACGGGAACUACAAACACCACGACGACGACGACGACAUCUACAUCUUUUGAUUUUGCCAAAAGGAGGCUUCAUCUACCUCAAGUAGCUUUUACCAAUGAGGUAUCCACAUUAAACCCGGAGGAAUCACGAAAAAAAGCCAUUUAUCAACUUCUUAGCAAAGAACAAAAUUAUGCAACAAAUUUACAAUUUGGUAUCAACAGGUUUUCCGUUCCGCUUUUAGAACGAAAGGAAUUUAUUAAUCAAAAACAACAUCAAAUAUUAUUUCAAAACAUCGAAGAGAUAUUACGCCUUACGGAAGAUACAUUAGAACAAGCAAUUAACGAAGAAGUAGACCUUACGGGUGAUUCAAUAGGAAGAUUAUAUUUUAAAAGGAUACAAGUUCUCAAACCGGCUUAUAGAAGAUAUUGUUCGGGAAUUAAAAGAGCCGAUUGCGUAUUAGCUGAAAAAUUUAAAAAUAACGAAUUUAAUAGAUUUUGCGCGGAGCCACCCGUGCCGAGAAAGAGACCGGAUUUAACGACAUUUUUACACAAGCCUCUCGAACAUUAUCGCGAAUUACUCAAACAUUUACAAAUUAUAUUUAAUCUCACUAAAUCACCGGAUACGGAUCACGCAGCACUUUCGAGAGUCGUCAAUGAUAUGCAAUCGAGUUUCAGAGAAGUCACGGGUGGAUUAAUGGAACCCGAAGUCGAAGGCAGACCCCUUUUAUCCGUACAAGAUUUGGAAAGCAGACUCGUUUUUACUCGUUGCAAACCGUUCGUUUUAAGUAUACCGGGAAGGCAGUGGAUAUUCGGUGGAGAUUUGAGUAAAAUAGAAGGUAGAACCGUUCAUCCAUUUUGGGCCCUUCUAUUCACCGACAUGAUGAUAUUUGCUAAAGUUAGCAGAGAUAGAGUUUUAUUUAUUACCGAAGAACCUCUUUCACUAUUGGCUGUGUCUCAAGCUUUUUUCAACAUUAGGAAAAAAGCUAACGAAUUUCGAUUAUUGUUAAGCAAUAACAGUCCUGGAAUGGAUAGUCCGGCAAAUUCAACAACAUGUGGUCCAGAUAUAGUUUUAUCAAGAACUCCAAAAAAAAAUACAAAAUUUAAAAGUAUCGCAUUGAGAGCACCCACUCCCGAAUUAAAAGCCGUUUGGCAAAAUUUAAUUCAAAGACAAAUCAUUCAUCUGAAUACGACGAGAGGACUCACACCAUCUACGAGCCCCUUAGAAUCUCCAGAUCCACCGACAACAAUUUCGGCAGCAACACUCGAUACGAUUUCACUUAAACGACAGAUGCGUUUACCUCAGGUAUAUUCAUGUUCUCCUAAUCACGUACCAAGAGAUGAUGAGGAUGAAACAUCAUCUCCUCCACCCGAAAAAUUUUAUUAUGAACCUCUUUUAACUCCUGAUUCGGCUACCACAUUUGGAUAA